UCCUUCUCCACACACUCCCGCCCGCGCGCACCAUCUUCGACGUGCCGGCUCCGGCCAUCGACUAUGGAGGGCCAGGCGCCGCAGUCGCACCAGCUGCUGCUGCACGGCGUCAGACUCGAACUCCGCCUCAACCCCACCACGCAACAGCGAGACGGCCGGCUCCCGGCGUCCCCCUCUGCGGCUGCAGUCGCCGCGGAGCACCAGCGCGGCGGCGGGCGGGAGACCUUCUCCUGCAACUACUGCCACCGCAAGUUCUUGAGCUCGCAGGCGCUCGGCGGCCACCAGAACGCCCACAAGCUCGAGCGCACCCUCGCCAGGCGCAGCCGCUACGCCGACGCCACGCCUUCCUCCCCGGCCGUCGCCCACCGCUGGCUGCACGGCGGCGGGGAGCUCUGGGGCUACGCUACUUCACCCGCGGCGAGCAUGGGCGGCUGGGCUGGCACUCGCAGCACCAAGACGGCCGGCGGGGAGGCCACGGCGGAGAAUGAGAUAGACUUGUCGCUCAAGCUCUGAGCACCGCCACGGCCGGCGGGGAGGCGGUGGAGUUCAUAUAUUCGAGCGGCACUACCUGCAUGCGCCAGCGUGUCAACAAGUACCACUACUACUAGUGUUCUUAAUUGUUGCAAGCACCCGGUGAUUAAUUAACUAUUGAGUACCUACCUAGUGCAAUGGAUUGUUUCAGCUCAUCAAUUAAUUUUAUAUGUGUACGCUAAAAUGGAUUAAAAAGCUACUC